AUGGGGACAAAGACAGAUGACGGAGGGCUUGCGGAAGACGGCGCCGGUAUGUUGAAAGGGAUGGAGAAGAAAACUCUGUCACCGUAUUACCUUCAUCCAUCAGAUGGACCAGGAAACGCGAUCACGACGGUUCAACUAAAGGGAGAAAACUACGAGGAUUGGGCAAAGCAUAUGCGGAACGCCUUGCGCACCAAGAGAAAGUUGGGUUUCAUUGACGGAACACUAAGAAAACCAGAAAAGGAGGAUGAGAUAGAGAAGUGGGAGGUAGUAAACUCGAUGCUGGUGGCAUGGAUCAUGAAUACAGUUGAACCAACACUCAAAAGUUCGAUCUCAAUGGUGGAUGAAGCAUAUUCUCUGUGGGAGGAUAUUAAACUGCAGUUCUCUGUUGGAAACGGACCUCGUAUCAGUGAGCUUCGAGGUGAGAUAGCGAACUGUAGACAGGAUGGAGACUCUGUUUUGGUAUAUUAUGGAAAGCUGAAGAAGAUGUGGGAUGAACUAGCGGUUUAUAAACCGAUCAGGACAUGUAGCUGUGGAGAACUUGCAUAGCAACUGGAGGAAGAUAGGAAUGAAGAGAGGACAAAUACAUUCUUGAAUGGCUUGGAUACUACGAGAUUUGGGACAAUGCGUUCUACCAUAACAAGCAUUGAGCCACUUCCCAAGCUCACACAAGUGUACCAGCGGAUUGUUCGCGAAGAGCGACAACAAACCAUAGCACGGAACAGGGAGACUCCAGCUGAAGUCGUUGGAUUUUCAGCAAAUGCAGGGAACCGCUUUGCCUCAAAAGAGAUGGUGUGUGGGCAUUGUUGAAAGACUGGACACACAAAGUCAGAUUGUUAUCAGUUGGUUGGCUAUCCUAAGUAUUGGGGUGAGAGAGGCAGAGACUUCAGUGAAAGAGGAAGAGGAGGCAAAGGUCGUGGAAGGUUUGGACGUGGAGGUGGUGCAGCAGGCCGCAGUGGAGGCCGAGGAAACUAUGGACGUGCUCACAUGGCACAAAUGCCUCACGUCGCAGCGAAUUCAGCAAAGAAGGAAAGUUCAUACGAUCGUCAUUCUCUUCCGCAACUUAAUGAUGAUCAAUGGACUGCUCUUCUUGGUUUUCUGUCUUCUCAAAAAUCAGAAAAUGCAGAGAGUACUGAAAAACUGAAAAGAAUAUGCAGAGUUUAUUAUUGAUACUGGUGCGUCGCACCAUAUGAGGUGGAAUCUGAGUUAUUUGUCUAAUGUUACUGAUAUUGCUCCUUGUGAUAUUGGUUUACCGGAUGGCAAGAGUGCAUUAGCCAUAAACCAGGGAGAUUUGUGUCUUGGAGGAGAUUUAUGGUUAAAAGGAGUCUUAUAUUCUAAAGACUUGACUUGUUCUUUGAUCUCAGUAGCAAAGUUGCUUAAAGCUGUUAAGGGAUCAAUUACAUUCACUGAUGAGUUAUGUAUAUUGCAGGACCAUACUACGAAGACGCUGAUUGGAGCGGGUGAAGAGUGUGGAGGGGUAUAUGUCUUUAGAGGAGUAAUCAGCACAAGGAUACACAAGGCAGUGAGUUCGAGAUCUCAGAAUCUUUGGCAUCGCCGCCUCGGGCAUCCUUCUAGUCGUGUUUUAUCUUAUUUAUCGAGUACUGUUGAAGUUGGAAAACUAGUUGAGUCGGAUUUGAGUUGUGAUAUUUGUUUGAGGGCCAAACAAACCCGAGAUUCUUUUCAUGAAAGUUAUAAUAAAGCUGAUGGUGUUUUUGACUUAA